GGCAUCAGAUCACAGAGCAGACUCACCUGAGGCAGCACCUGACCUGAUCCUAGACCAGCCAUGGACAGAGCCAUCCUCCUGUUGUCCGCCGUGUGUGUGACCGUUUCCUCUCAGCCAAUCACAGACAGCCAGCGCCUGUUCUCCAUCGCCGUCAGCAGAGUCCAACACCUCCACCUGCUCGCCCAGAGACUCUUCUCCGACUUUGAAAGCUCUCUUCAGACAGAAGAACAACGUCAACUCAACAAAAUCUUCCUGCAGGAUUUCUGCAACUCUGAUUACAUCAUCAGCCCCAUCGAUAAGCACGAGACGCAGCGCAGCUCAGUUCUGAAGCUGCUGUCCAUCUCCUUCCGGUUGGUGGAGUCCUGGGAGUUCCCGAGUCGUUCUCUGUCCGGAGGUUCUGCCCUAAGGAACCAGAUCUCACCAAAACUGUCUGAACUGAAGACAGGGAUCCUGCUGCUGCUCAGGACCAAUCUGGAUGCACCAGAGAUCUUUACGGACACCUCGGCCCUCCAGCUGGCACCAUAUGGAAACUACUACCAGAGCCUCGGGUCUGAGGAGUCGCUGCGGAGAACCUAUGAACUGCUGGCUUGCUUCAAGAAAGACAUGCACAAGGUGGAGACUUACCUGACAGUGGCAAAGUGCCGACUCUCUCCAGAAGCAAACUGCACUCUGUAGCCCCGCCUCUCCAGCCGAAGGCCCCGCCCCCGCCCCGCUCCUGAGUCAACAUAGGCCCAUCUUCGUGUUUGAUG